AAAUAUUCUGUAAUGGUGUAUCAGUGACCGUCUUUGAGUAGGAAGUAAUCCAUCAGUGAUACACAAUACCAACGAAGAAUGGAGAAAACAGCUCAAUCCAAUAAGGACAAAAAUAACACACCACGUGAAACAAAAAGGAAAUUAAAGAUACAAAAUGAGCAAUGUCCAUCUCUCAAAAGAUCUAAAGUGGACGAAAAAGGUGGUACGACUAAAACUGCAAAAGGAUUGACAAAAAGAGUUACUCAACCAAUUUAUGAACUAGCAGGACAGUCAAGUGAAGAUUGCUUAGAAGAGCAUCCUGUUUUUAACAAAUGGGUGGAGGAAAAUCUUCCGUCUCAACAUCAAAAAUCAAAAGGGGUUUACUGGAUUUCCAUUGAACGGCGACAUGACAACGGUUUAUACGAAACUAAAAGCAUGUCUAACAUCCGUGCAGUACAGUCUGCCUUCGAGGGUACCAAGAUAGUCAAUAGUAAAACUUUGAAAAAGCUUGCUGAAAAGCAUUCAUUGACCAAUGGGAAAUGGAUGUUCCAUGGAGAAACGGGAAACGAAAUCGAUCGACUCUGGAGAACUGUUGCAGAUGGUGUAAUAAGGGGAAUAAUUCCUACUUUUUCUGCAAAAGUUAGUGCUGCUGGUAAAGAGAAUGAAAACCACGUAAUUUGUAUUUACAAUAACAACUUCCAAAAUGAAGCAGAUGUUUUUGCUUUAAGAGAUGGCAUCAGGAAUGCUAGGAUUGACAAUCCAUUGAAGUACAAGGCAAAUAUAUAUACGCAUUUGGGAAUAUGUCGCCAAAACAAAUGGGGGAUAGAUCCAGUCCUGCAUCGAGACGAAAGUAGACAGUUUGAAUCAUUAUAUGACUCAUCAUACGACAAAGAAGCUAGCAAAUCAGCUGUAGCUGGAAUCACAUUGAAAAGAAAGGACUCUCCUAUACUCUCUAUUUCUGGGCCAAGGGAGAAGUGUCACUAUCCAAUAACGCUCGGCACCAAAGCGAUUUCACCUAUACUUAGACACGGGAAAGACCAUGACGAUGUCAGAAUAUGCAUUGUAUUCCACGAUGGGAACACUAUUAUGAGAGGGGUUUCUUUCGGGGAUGCAGCCCGAAAAUUUAAAAGAGAGUUACAAAUAGGUUGCACAUACAAAUUUCGGUAUUACCAAAUUCAAGACAGUAAGAAAGAGCACAGCAACACCAAAUAUGAGAUAACUCUUCGGGAAAAUACUACCAUCAAGACGAUAGAAAAAGGGUAUAAUGAGAUACCAAAAGUGAAAGGAAAGAAGAUAUCAGAAAUUAAUGAAAUAUAUAAGAACUUGUUGGUUUCAACAUUGAAAGUGAGAAUUAGUAAAAUUGGGGAGUUGUUUAGACCAAAAAAAAAAUUUCUUCGAGAAGUAUUCGUUAAAGAUGAAACAGGAGAAAUGAAGAUGUUGAUGUGGUCAUAUAAGAAAGCUCAGUUUCUUCAUAGUGUUGGCGAUCAUGUCAUACUGAGAUAUAUGACCGUGAAGUACGAUGACCAACAUUGUUUCCUACUCAAAUCUGAUAACACGAGAAUUGUAAGAUGUCAGGCAAAGUAAAAUGAAGCAUGUUUAGACAAUAACUACACAUGCGUACACACAUAAAAAAACAUAACUAUUAUGAAGUUUAGAAUACCAUUUUUAUUUGCAUAUUUGGAUAGCUAAAGUUGACUCUACUUUCGUGCUGAACUUUUACUAUGAUUUAAGGAGCAUUGGUUUUGAAUGUGAACUUUCUUUAUGAAAUUAAAACUUCUUCUUUUUAUGCUUUUUAA